CUCCUGCUGCGCCGCGCCUGCCGUCACCUUCCCGACCGGACGGAGAGGGGCCUGGCGGGAGCAGCGGCCGGCGCGCCCGAGGGAGCCGGAGAGCGAAGCCGAGAGCCGGGGCAGCCCCCCACCUCCAGCCCCGGCUAUGACCCUUCCCAGCACUCCCUCCUCGCCACGGCCUCGCCUGCUGAGAUGCGCCCUGGGCAUCCUCCUGACCCUGGAGCUCGGACUCGGCGCUCUUCUCCCAGAUUCCGGGGUAUUUCUCAUCUAUAACAGUGAGCUGCCUGGCUGCUUGGAGACCAAAGACUCCCUAGUGAAGAUUUCCAAGACAUGUAACACCAGUGCUCCAGCACAGAAGUGGAAAUGGGUUUCUCGGAACCGGCUUUUCAACAUUGGGGCCAUGCAGUGCUUGGGCAUCUCCUGGAAAUUAGCCAACACCAGCACAGCAACCCAUGGCUUGGCCUCCUAUGAGUGUGACCGAGAAUCUGUCAACAUGCGGUGGAACUGUCGGACCCUUGGGGACCAGCUUUCCCAGUAUUUGAACUCCAGACUGGGAAACUGGUCACUAACCCCAGCAGAGAGGGGUGACCAGGCACGCACAGGCCAGUGGAAGGUGUAUGGCCGUGAAGAAGAUCUGUGCUCUAAGCCAUAUUCUGAAAUUUAUACCAUCCAAGGCAACUCACACGGGAAGCCCUGCACCAUCCCCUUCAAGUAUGAUAAUCUUUGGUUCUAUGACUGCACCAGUAUGGGUCGUGAAGAUGGUCACCUCUGGUGUGCUACUACACAGGAUUACGGCAAGGAUGAGAGGUGGGGCUUCUGCCCCAUUAAGAGCAAUGACUGUGAUACAUUCUGGGAUAAGGAUCACCUCACCGGCAGCUGCUACCAAUUCAAUUUCCAGUCCACUCUGUCUUGGCAGGAGGCUGGGAAGAGCUGUGAGCAGCAAGGGGCCAGUUUGCUCAGUAUCACUGCGAUCCACGAGCAGACCUAUAUCAAUGGACUGCUAACAGGUUAUAGUUCCACCCUCUGGAUUGGGCUUAAUGAUUUGGACCUCAAUGGGGGCUGGCAGUGGUCAGACAACUCGCCCUUGAAGUUCCUCAACUGGGAGAAUGGUCAGCCAGAUAACCCCAAUGAAGAAAACUGUGGAGUGAUCCGGACUGAAUCAUCAGGGGGAUGGCAGAAUCGGGACUGCAGCGUUGCAUUGCCUUACAUCUGUGAGAAAAAACCGAACGCUACCUCUGAUACAUACCUGAGAGUAGAUUCUUGGUCGGAGAACAAGAUUGACUGUGAUCCCAGCUGGCAGCCAUUCCAGUCUAACUGCUACAGGCUGAUCAGUGAAAAGAAGACUUGGCUGGAUGCCAAAAAGAUCUGUUUACGAAAUGAUGGGGACCUGGUGAGCAUCCACACGCUCUCUGAACUGGAGUUUGUGACUAAGCAAAUCAAGCAAGAUGUCGAAGAACUCUGGAUUGGCCUGAACGAUAUCCGUCUGCAGAUGAAUUUUGAGUGGUCUGAUGGCACGCCAGUGGAGUUCACCUUCUGGCACCCCUUUGAGCCCAAUAAUUUCAGGGACAACCUGGAGGAUUGUGUGACAAUUUGGGGACCGGAAGGGAGAUGGAAUGACAGCCCUUGUAAUCAAACAUUGCCUUCUGUCUGUAAAAAGAGGGGUCUGGUGAAUCCUGGCAAAGAAGAGGAGGACCAUGGCUGCAGAAAGGGUUGGAAAUGGCACACACCAUCUUGCUAUUGGCUAGGAGAUGAGUACGUCAAGUAUGCAGAAGCUCGGAAGACAUGCAUGGACUAUGGGGCCACUCUGCUCACCAUCACCAAUAGGUUUGAACAGGCCUAUGUGAGCAGUCUCAUUUACAGCUGGGAAGAUGAGUAUUUCUGGACAGCUCUACAGGAUAUAAAUGAAACAGGCUCUUUCCGUUGGCUGAGCGGGGAUGAAGUCACAUAUACCCACUGGAAUCGUAACCAACCAGAUUACAGUAAAGGGGGCUGCGUUGCCUUGGCUACAGGGAGCGCCAUGGGCCUGUGGGAAGUGAAGAACUGUACCACUUUCCGGGCCAAAUACAUCUGCAGGCAGAGCCUAGGAACCCCGGUGAAUCCCGAGCUUCCUGCACCCCGCCCCACCCCCAGCCUCACAGGCUCCUGCCCUCCGGGAUGGAGCACCAGCCCAAAGAUGAGGCAUUGCUACAAGGUUUUCAACUAUGAUAGAUUGCAAGAGAAGAAAAGCUGGAUCAUGGCCCACUUGUUCUGCCAGGAGCUGAAAGCUCAGCUUUUGAGCCUGGGCAGCUAUGAGGAGGAGCACUUUGUGGCCAACACCCUCAACAAGAUUUUUGGGGAAUCGGAACCUGAAAUCCAUGAACAGCACUGGUUCUGGAUAGGCUUGACUCGCCGAGCUCCUGGGGCUGAGAGAAGCUGGAAGUGGAGUGACGGCCUUGGGUUUUCUUAUCAUAACUUUGACCGCAGCAAUCAUGACAACGAUGACAUCCGUAACUGUGCAGUGCUGGAUCUAGCCUCCUUGCAGUGGAUGCCUCUGGAGUGUGAGGCUCAGCUGGAUUGGAUCUGCAAACUGCCCAAAGGUACUGAUGUAAAAGAUCCAGAGGUACCUAACCAAGGGAGCAACGAAUGGGUGAAGUAUCAGGAUGCUGAAUACAAGUUCUUCAGCCUCCAUUCAAACUGGGUGCAAGCCCAAAGGAUCUGCACCUGGUUCCAGGCCGAGUUGGUAUCAAUUCAUAGCCAAACUGAGCUGGAGUUUCUGGGCCAAAACCUGAAGAAGUUCCCAAAGGGUCAGGAUCAGUACUGGUGGAUUGGGCUGAGUACCUUUGAGAAUGAUGGACGAUUUCGGUGGUCUGACCGUUCCCUCCUGACUUUCAUCUCGUGGGCACCAGGCAAACCACGGCCUAUCAGCAAGGACAGGAAGUGUGUGUACGUGACAACUAGUCAGGGAGACUGGGGCGACCAGAAGUGCCACACUGCUCUGCCUUUCAUUUGCAAGCGUAGCAACAGCACCACAGUGUGGCCCUCCCUUCCUGCGCUGACUCCUGGCAGCUGUGCCCAGGGCUGGAAUACCCACAGAAAUAAGUGUUUUAGGAUUUACAGGCAUGAGCAGGUGACCUGGCCCGAGGCAAAGCGCACUUGUGAGAUUCAAGGAGGCAUGUUGGCUACCAUCUCCAACUACAUGGAGCAAGCUUUUAUAACCACACUUCUCCCAAACACAACCUUUGACAUGUGGAUUGGCCUCCAUGAUGCCAAGAAGGAAUUCCAGUGGGUGGACUCUGAACCUGUCAAGUAUGUGAACUGGGCCCCUGGAGAGCCAUCUGGAUACGGAACCUCACCAGCCAAUGAGAAGCCGACCAACUGUGCUGUCAUGUGGCAUGGCUCCCCACCCCAGUUCACGGGUCGCUGGGAUGACAGGAACUGCCUGGAGGAGAAACAUGCCUUCAUCUGCCAGAAGAGCAAAGACCCUGCUCUUGACCCUUCUCCAGCGGACUUCCCUCUUGCUGCCAACUCCACCCUCUCAUAUCUCCAUGGUGUCUAUCGCAUUCUGAGGAAACCACUCAAAUGGCAGGAGGCCAUGCUCCUCUGCGAGAGUUUCAAUGCAAGUCUAACAAAUGUGAUGGAGCCAUACACCCAAGCCUUCCUCACCCAAGCAGUCAGCAAUGUGCAUGCUCCACUCUGGAUCGGCUUGACCAAUGAGGAGGGGAGACGGAGUUAUGUAUGGUUCACAGAGGAGAACCUUUCCUACACAAACUGGCAAGAUGGAGAGCCACAGCAAUUAAUAGGCUGCACCUACAUGGAUGUAGAUGGAUCGUGGAGGACUGCUGGUUGCGACACCAAGUUGCAGGGGGCCAUCUGCAAGAUGAACACAGGGCUCCCUUCUUCACGUGCAGGAAGCUACAAUGGGAGCUGCCCUAAUUCUGCAGAAGAUUCCUCUUGGAUCCCCUUCCGGAACCACUGCUAUGCCUUCCACAUGGAGGUCAUGUUGGGCCCGAAGGAAGCUAUGAAGAAGUGUCAAAAAGUUGGAGGUACCGUGCUGUCUGUCCUAGACGAGAUGGAAAAUGUCUUUGUUUGGGAACAUCUACAAACCUAUGAGACUCAGUCCAAGGGGGCUUGGCUAGGCAUGACCUUUAACCCCAAAGGGGGCAUGCUCGUUUGGCAUGACGACAUGGCUGUGAACUAUUCUAACUGGGGACAGCAUGACACAGGACCAAACAUGCUUAGCCCAAAUAGCUGCUACUGGAUCCAGAGCAAUGAUGGGGUUUGGGGUCUGGGCUCCUGCUCCAAUGUCACUAUGGGGGUAAUCUGUAAGACUGCUCGAGUAGUGGAAGAAAGCCGCUUAUCGAGAAAAGCUUUUCUGGAGAACACAAAAGCCAUUGCUGUGGUCAUCCUUUCCUCUUUAGCUCUGUGCACGUUGGUAGGCAUUGCCAUCUACCUGUACAAGCGCCGAUGGAUCUCUGAGCAGGGGACUUUCGAGAGCGCCCGCUACAGCCGCACCAACUCCAACCCCAGUGAAUCUGCUGAAAAGAACAUCCUGGUGUCUGACAUGGAAAUGAAUGAACAGCAAGACUAAUGGUGUGAUUAGUGGGUAGGGGGAGAGCAGAAGGGAAGGAGGGAGAGCCACAAUGAACCACUAGGUGAUGUGAAGGAACGCAAAAGUUUUUUUUCCCCCUUUUGGGAAUCCCAGUGUGUGAGACACCAAAAGAAACCCAAACCUGGCCUGCUGAACCCAGGGACUUCAGAAGGAUGAGGAAAGGUAGUUCAUCUCUUGGACAAAAUCUCUCUUGGCAAACUCAGGAGACUGGCACAAUCUUUACUACUUCUCCUGCGAGAUGGAAGAUGCAAGCAUUCUUUCCACCUGGUUAUAAAACCAGCACGGGGAAGAGUCUUGCAGCAGGAUUUUCUCACUUAUCUCUUGGUAAGACUGUGCCUUUGCUAUAUUGCAUUACUUCCUGGAGCCAUGUACAUAAUUAAAGAGUGAAAGGCCUUGAGUUUGUUAAUGGUAGUUUGAUGUGCUAUUCCCCCAAAGGUGAGACAUACUCAAAAUAGAUUCCUUGCCAGCCAUUUGGCUACCUUGACAGUAAUUCUACUGCAGAUGACUGUGGCCCUACAGGACAUUUCUGCAGCAUCUCUGAAAGUGAUUCCACAAGCAAUAGCCACAAGCACACAGCCAGAAAGUGAAGUAUGUUGGGAAGGCUGCUGUAACUUUCCCCUUUUGGUAACAAUUCUGAUUUACCGUGAAAAAGUCAUAGCCUUCAGUGAAUGAAAAGCCACUACCGCUGGUUUAGAAACCUGGCUUGUGGGGAGGAAACAAACUUCAGUUGGCUCUGAGGCCUGCAUUCAGACAGCAUAGCAAAUUAGAAUUGGAUGGAAGGCCUCUAAAGCCAGAACGCCUUCGGUCCUGCUCUGUAUGCCGGCAGAGCAGGGAGGGAGCCUAUAAGCGGGAGAAGAAGCUGUGUCUUGAUCAACAGAGGCUGGUUGUCAUGUCUGUUUGAGGUCAUUGUUGAAGAAAGGUCCUUGGAGUAGCUGUGUUUCUGAGGAGGCAAACUAAUCAUGAAAUAUGUUAAAGCUUAAAAAAUAUUUUUCUAUGUUUCAUUGCUGGGUAAAAUGUGUUCUUUGGUAGAUCUCCUUUUUUACCCAAGACCAGGCUGACAGUUAUAACCUUCUUUUUGUGCCUGCGUGUAGUAGCUAAAGGGUGUGCAUUUUCUAUAAUUCUCUUCCCUUCGUGUUUUAAUCUGUUAAAGAAGUGCAAUAAGACAGCAUGUUUCUUCAGCUUCUGGAAUCAUACGCAGUUAUGCUGGAUAAUCUGGGUGUGGACACUAGUUGCUAGUGAAAGGCCAUCCGUCCAAGGUGAUGGCAUCUGAUGAAGUGUGGAAAUGUGGACCCUGCAAGAGACAUUUCUCUUUGUCCUCUGCAUCCAGUCCAGGAACUUCGGGGCGAUGGCUGUGCUAAGGACAAUGGGAGGGAUAGUUUUAUUUUACUUUUUUGCCACUCUGAUGAUUUGGGGGGUUAUUGGGAAGUUAUAUAUAAGAAGAAAUUAAUGAUUUUCACUUAAGCUGGAUAUUAAGUGUUCACAAAAAUGGUUCUCUUUUUCUUUUUAAUCUUUAUAUCUGAAAAUUGCCAUAACAAUCUAUUUGCACAGGGAGUUUAGGAAACAAUCUUUGCUCUCCUUCAAUGUCUUUUGCGUAUUUCUUGAGUAUUUUGGUUUGGAGAAAGAUUUUCAUACAUACUGAUUUGAUCGUUCAUUUGUUUAACAUCUUUUUUUAAAAAUUGAUCAAUUGUUUCUAAAGCUUGCUUUCUAAUCAGGACUUUACCAUGAGUACUCUUCCAUACCAGGGGCUCUGCUGUGAAAUAUUUGAAGCCAUGGUGCUUCUGAGUAAGUACAAGGAGUAGCCACGAACAGCCUUUCCAUUCAGCCAAGAGCAGAAGCCAAGAUGGGAAGGGCCUGAUCCCUGUGAACCUUUCAUUUUGCAUGCCAGUGAAGCAGAAAUCUCAUGGAAGCCAUUCCAAAGAGAGGAUUCUCAUGCAAACAUGAUGUGGAAAUUGGGCAGACAUGUAAAUCACACACCAGGAGCGAAUAUUCUCUGAAUCAGGUUGUAGCUUCCUGAUUCAACUUUACCACCAAAGGGCAGAGUGCUGGUGCUUUCAUGAUUUGACAGGAGGGAAUUACGGAAACAAAACGUCUCUAGACAGAAGGGAAGGCAAGAAGGAGGGGGUAGUCAGGAGGACUAGGCACAGUUGCAGAGCUGAACAGAAAGGCUGUCUCAGCUCUCUUGUUCUUUCAUGCUUACGGCCCUGCUAUUUCCUCAGUUCCUCCCUCAACAAUGAUGCUACCAGAGUUGCCCCUUAACUAGAAUUGUGGUUUUAUUUUCCUCUUCCGUUUUUCUUUUGCUUUCAAGAAGAAUCAAACAGAACUGGACAUCUGACAACAAACUCCCUGUAUGAAGGGGAGAAACGACCAUGCGAUAGUUUGGAAAGACUGGAAAGAAAGGUUUAGAUAAGUGCUAUUUUAUAUCAACAUUUCGGAUAAUGUGAAAAUGUCCUGUAAAGGUCACUGGUAACUUUUCUAAUAGAUCAACUUUUUUUUGUAAACAAUAUAGAAUUCCAAAUAAAACUUCAUUCCCCAUCAA